CAGGAAGAUGGAUUUGCUGUGAGCAACAUUGACAUUGAUGACUUUGCCAUCCAGUUGCAAUUGGAGCUCAUAGAGCCAACGGAUUUAGCCGUGCAGACUGGCCUCUAGUUACUUGAGGCACAAGCGCACCAUAUGUCCUGUCGUUUUGCACAGAACUUUCGAUUCACAGAACUGCAACAGGCGGUGGAUCAAACGAGCUGCGCUCGUGCAGGAUGAGGAUUCGCUGGCAGUGCAAAGGUGGGUUGAUACCAUGAUCUUGGGCCUGGACUUGUGCCCCUUCGCUCAGGCCCCGGCCCAAAGAAACGGCCUGAAGGUCUUGAGCAGCACUGGAUGCAGUGGAGAAGAUGUGCUUGAGGAUUUGCAGUUCGAGGCCGAGAUCCUGCAAGCACAAGAUCCUGAAAUGCCUGCGACCACGCUGCUGGUCUGUGGCCAUGUGCCAGAAUGGCUGGACUUCAAUCAAUUCCAUGAGUUCUAUGCUCGGGAGCUUCAGAAUGGACGUGUGCUAUCGCGCAUGUUGGGCCUGGAAGUAGCAAUUGUUGCCUUUCACCCAGACUGUGCCAGCUCUGAGCUAGUUGCUGGCGGUGAGGUGGCUGUGCAGUAUGAUGGUGAGACCUGUUUGGCCCAGGUGCUGAAGGAAACGGACCGUGAGAUGCUCUCAGUUCGCCUUCUGGGUCGAAUCAUUGAGAGCACUUUGUCCGAGGAGGAGGAGGGUGAAGAUGUCGCGAUCCAAGCGUUCGACCAGGAAGAGGAGGUGCUGUGCCGCCGCAGCGACGUGCUUUGGGCCCUGGACACCGACUCGGGUCGAAGCGGAGCCGACGCCCGCGAGGCGCUGGCGCGCGCGCCGCGGCCGGUGCUGCACCUGCUGCGGAGCAAUGACCUGGCGCGAGUGGCGCAGGAGGAGCGGGAGGAGGUCUAUCGACACAACGACCAUCUGUUGGAUCGAAUGGGCAUCGAUGCCUUUGAAGAGCUUAUCCGGCAGUGCGGCCUUGAUGCCUGGUUCAGAUGUCCGGGGACUCGAGCCAUAGAGAAUCCUGAGACGAUCCUCUACAGCUUUUGUGUGCCAGGGAGUUUGGAGUGGGAUGGCAAGUCCUUCUUGAAGCUGUGCAAAGACACUGGCAUCAUCGACAGCUCCUUCACGGCCGUGGAUGCGGAUCUCACCUUUGCCAAGGUGUUGAAGAAGGGCCUGAGACGGCUCAGUCUCCCACAGUUGCAUGAGGCGCUUACAGCUGUGGCAGCCAAGAAGGGCGUGCGGGACGUGGACAAUGCUGUUGGCUUUUGGUUCAGCCUCCUCGACGAGCGCGUGAACGCGCACCGUUCACCAGCUCAGAUCUGGGAGGUUUUGAAGCAAAUUGCUCAAGCCACGGAUUACUUCAGCGAUUGCAUCCACGGCAUCUUCGAGGAUCCUGUGGGCGGGUCACAGUCACAGUGUAUCCAGUGGAUGGGACGAAGGACUGCGGAUGGCCAUCCAGGGAUUUUCACCAAGAAGGGACCUGAAGACACUGGACCUGCGGCCGAGGAUGCGGACUAUGCAGAUCUUGUGAUGAUCUACCUCUUCGCAGACGCUGCGACCUACUCAGCAGUGCCAUUGCCGUCAUUAGCGAGUCCGAACGCCGUGUCCCAAAGGCCACUCAAGAGGACUUGCAAAGACCAUCUUUGUGUGAACUUUCGGCACUUGCAAUGUUGCGCAGUUGAUCCGGUCAUUGCGGGCUAA